AUGAGCACCUCUCGACUUUGGUGCGGCAGCCUUGCCACUCCCAUCCACGACAGAGUCACCGUGGACGACUCGAUUCCUUCCAGAAUUGCCCACCAGCUCGCUCAUGUCUUGCUGACAAUGAGGGCGGCAUGCGUUUGCCGUAUGCCUGUACGGGGGAACCGGCCUAGCCAAUGGCGGAGAGUCGAUGGCUUCAACCAUUUCGUCGGCGGCAAAAUCGACAAUGUCCCAGGAAACGGUUUCAAACUCGCCGUCAAAGAUAACAUUGCCACGGCCAAGCUCCCGACGCAAUGCGCCUCCCGGAUCCUGCUCGACCAUCAGUCGCCCUACGAGGCCACCAUCGUCGGCCAGCUACGAGCCCGCGGCGGCCGCGUCGUCGGCAAGACCAACAUGGACGAGUUCGGCAUGGGCUCGCACUCGACGAAUUCGAUGCACGGGCCCGUCGUGAACCAGCUGUCGCGGGACGGCGAGCCCCUCUCGGCCGGCGGUAGCUCGGGCGGGAGCGCCGUCGCCGUCAUGCUCGGCGACGCCGACGUGGCCCUGGGCACCGACACGGGCGGUUCGGUGCGGCUUCCGGCGUCGUACACGGGCGCCGUCGGAUAUCGUCCCAGCUACGGCAUGCUGUCCCGUUACGGCGUGGUCCCGUACGCCAACUCGCUCGAUACCGUCGGCUUGAUGGCGAGGAACGUGAGGCCCUUGCUCGACCUCUUCGAUACCGGCCUCGACCGGCAGCACGACGCCAAGGAUCCGACGUCCCUGUCCGAGGCGACCCGUCGGCGGUGCUCGAGCCUUCGAUCCGGCCUGGCGCGCAACUCGGACCUCACCGUCGGCGUUCCCUCGGAGUACAACAUUGCGGAGCUGGAUCCCGUCGUGCGCCGAGCCUGGAUCGCCGCCGCCGAGCGGCUGGCCUCGUCGGGUGUCAGCGUCGUGCCCGUGUCCCUGCCGUCCACCAAGGAGGCCCUCUGCGCCUACUACGUGCUCGCGGCGGCCGAGGCGUCGUCGAACCUCGCCAAGUACGACGGCGUCCGCUACGGCGUCCGGCGGGGAGACGGCGGCGACACCCUAUACGCCGACACGCGCGGCGAGGGCUUCGGCGACGAGGUCAAGCGCCGCAUCCUGCUGGGCACCUACAGCCUCAGCUCGGCGGCCAUGGACAACUACUUUCUGCAGGCGCAAAGGGUGCGUCGGCUGAUCCGCCGCGACUUUGACCGCGUCUUCCGGCUCGCCAACCCGCUGUGCGAGCCGGUCCAGUUUGACCUGAGCGAUCUCGCGGCCGACACGGCGCUCGAGGACAAGCGCGGGCCGGCGCAGGUGGACUUUUUGCUCUCGCCGACGACGCCCUCGUGCGCACCGACGCUGAGCGACGUCGCGGCGCGGGGCAGCCUCGACGCCUACACGAGCGACGUCUUUACCGUGCCCGCGAGCCUCGCCGGGUUGCCGGCGGUGAGCGUGCCGGUGCCGACGGAGGGGCGGCUGCCGGUCGGCAUGCAGCUGACGGCACAAUUCUGGGACGACAGGCGGGUGCUCGAGAUGGCGGAACGGUUGAUGACGACGACUGCGAAUCAAUGA